GAAAAUGUCGGCGAAUGUUCAAGUAUCUGGCCAGCUGUCCUCUGGGCCCUCGCUUCCGGCUUGUAUCGUUUUAUCCGCCGUCUCUUUGCUGUGCUUUGUGGCUGGAUUUGGGACGGGAGCAGAGUUUGUGCGUUUUCUGUCAUUCGGCGCAAUAUUCAGGAACAUCAGUGGGGGCCUAGAUGGAGAAAUACCAUUAACAUGGAGCGAAGCAAUAAGAAACACCCAGUUUCAGUGCUGUAUUGGAAUUGAUAUUGGGCUUCUCUUCCUAUUUGUACUCCAACACAGCCUAAUGGCCUGGACAGCAGUGAAGAAAAACGUACUGCAUGUGUUUGGUGUCCUUCAGCGCUCUAUAUAUAUCCUAUGCACAGCCCUGUCUCUACAGGUGCUGAUGAGAUUCUGGCAGCCCUGUCCACAUGGUCCAUAUCUGUGGAAUGUUUCUUCUGAUCCAUGGAGUGCAUGGCUUCCUUUGCUCUGUGCUCUCGUGCACACAAUUUCUUGGCUCCUUAUAUUUAGUGUUUUACUCAUAUUUGACUAUGCAGAAUUGAUGGGGAUCAAACAGGUGUAUUAUUUCUGCCUUGGGAUGGGCGAUCCAUUGUCUCACAAAUCUCCCCGUGUUGCUCGACUCUACGCCCACCUUCGACAUCCCAUUUACUUGGAAUUGUUACUUAUUCUGUGGGCAGUGCCUUGUCUACCUCCUGACCGCCUUAUACUUGCCAUUUUCUUUACACUGUAUCUAAGCUUAGUUCAUCGCUUAGAUGUGCAGGACUACGCCUACCUCCGCUCGCAAUUGGAAAAAAAGUUCUUACUCUUCUCACGUGAAGAAGCUAGUGCUGUUGGUGGACAGAUAAGAAAAAAUAACUAAUAGAAAACCAUGUAAGAAGCACAAGUAGGUUGGAAACUAUAUUAAAAACAGAAAUAAAGGAGGGAAGUGAUGGGAAGGGCAAUAACAAAGUAAAAGAAAGUCAGAGUGUAAGCAGACUGAGCAUAAAGUAUCACAUGUGAGUAGAUUAUAAAUAAGUCUGCUUGUUUGUGGCCAGCUUGUAAUACAGAUAACCACAUGAAUAAGUAAAAAAUAUAUAUAUCUUAUAAGUCAGCAUGACAGUACAAUUAGUUUCAGUUGUGAAACAAAUAAGUAGUGCAGCCAAUUUGGGGUCACAACCAAUAGGUUAAGCAUCCCUGAUUUUAAGAAGAAACAAAGAUGGUGGAAAAAAAGUCUAAAAAUUAUAUUUUAUAUACCUGUAAUGAACUUACUAUGCCAUACAGAGGCUCAUUAACAGCAGUGAUCUGUGCUUUCACAGUUGUCCACAGCAGCUCCCUGUCUUCAUCUCUUGCAAGGCCAUAUUUUAGGUCAGUAUCACUGCUCAAGCUCUGUUCUAUGCUGCAGAAGUUAUGCUUUGGAUCCAUUGAAAGCCACCAAAACAAUAGACAAACAUGAACUUACAUCUGUUAGUUGAUGCUACAGAGCUCAUUAUUAAUCCUCCGUUUUCAUGUAGAAUGCACUGGUUCCCAUUGUGACAUAAAAAAGUAGGGCUGUAUGAGCUACUAAUCAGCAUUGUAUUAUUUAUUGUAAAAUGUUGCGAGUCAUCUGUAAAGAAGAUUGCAAAUGAAUAGGGGCAUACUUGGAUGGACAGAUGUUCAUUGCUAAGGGCUCUAAUUGCUGGGAUAGAAGCCCAGCACAUAACAUGUAGCAUUUCUAGCUUCAUCGUUUUUUCCUUAAAAAAACAAGGCAUAAAAUGUUCACAAGAAAUACAUUUUAAUGUAUGCAAGUACUUUGGAGCUAUAGAUGCAGUGGUAGCCAAGUUAAAAUGAGGAGGGGAUGUGGGUCCAGGAAGCAGGAAAGAAGUCAUAAUGUUAAAUGAAGCUGUAAAAUCUAUAGAUGGAUAUUAAAAGGUCUAGUUUUACUCUGUCAAUUUAUUUUUAUUUUUUUUAAUAAAAGUGCAAUAAUCUUAGUUUUAGCCUCUAUGGUAAAAACCAAGAAGGCUAACCAGCUCGUUUUGCACUAAAUUUUAAACUUGGGGUUUAAGGGUUUACAUGUUGCUUCAAUGUGUGUAUUGACUGAAUGCUUUUAUAGAAUUAUGUAUAUUUGUACGUGUUUUUUUUUUUUCCUUUGGACAUUUUUCAAGUUUAUGAUUUUUACUAUCAUAGAUUCUGACAAAGGAAAACUAUACCCCCAAAAUGAAUACUUAAGCAACAUAUAGUUUAUAACAAAUUACCAAACUGGUAUAUAUAUUUAGGUAAAUAUCGCAGUUUUACCUCUCUUGCCUUGAUCCACCUUUUCGUGAUGUGCUGCCUCAGAGAUCACCUGACCAGAAAUACUGCAACUCUAACAGGAAGAAAUGUGGAAGCAAAAGAUAGAACUCUGUUAAUUGGCUCAUGUGGCCUAACAUGUAUGGUUUGUUUGUGUGCACCAUGAAUCGUAGGAUAAGCAGGGGCAGCCCCUUAUUUUUUUAAAAUAGCUAUUUUCUAUUUAUGAUUACCCAAUGGCAUAUACUACUAAAAAGUAUUUUAGUAUGAAAAUGGUUUAUUUACAUGAAGCAGGGUUUUACAUAUGAUCUGUUUUAUGCAAUAUAUUUUUAUAAAGACCUACAUUGUUCAAGGGGUAUAAUUUUCCUUAAAGAAAUCUAUGGGAGCAAUUUGCUUUAAGGGCUAAAGUAAAUUCAUUCACGCUUUGUAUGCAUUUGUAAAGAAAACAUAUUGGCCUUUAUCAUUUUGUUUGCUUCAAAAUAUUAAAUAUUUUUUAAUACCUAA